GGGGGGCCGCUCCCUCGCGUUCUCCUUGCGGUCUACCGUUCCGCCAGCCCAGACCCGCCGCGGAGCCGGGAUCGAAGGCGACAGUGCCGCCCAGGGGGCGCGGCCGGGACGAGCUGAGGGUGCCCGACGCGGGGGUGGCGUGCGCACCCGUGGGGGGCAGGCAGGGAACAGAACUGCGGACCUGGAGGGGAAUCUGAGGGUGCGGGCUCUCCGCGGACGUGGAACUGACCGGGGCUGGAGGGCCAGAAACUGAUCGGCGCUGCAGAGCACAGCGAGGCUGCAGGCUGGUGCGGUGGGAGCAGGUGAACAGGUCCUCACCUCCGGGUGCGCGCCCCCACGCGCCCUUAUCCCGGGGCCCGCGCCUCCUCUCAGCCAUGGGCCCCGGGCCCCGCCGAGCCGCCCGGGCUCCGCGCCCAGUGCUCUGUGCACUCGCCUUGAUGGUGGCCGCCGGCGGCCGCGUCGCCUCUGCCUUCAAUCUAGACACCCGAUUCCUGGUGGUGAAGGAGGCCGGGAACCCAGGCAGCCUGUUUGGCUACUCGGUCGCCCUCCACCGGCAGACGGAACGGCAGCAACGCUACCUGCUCCUGGUUGGUGCCCCCCGGGACCUUGCCGUGCCUGAUGGCUAUACCAACCGGACCGGAGCCGUGUACCUGUGCCCACUUACUGCCAGCAAGGAUGACUGUGAGCGGAUGGACAUUGUGGAGAAAAGUGAUCCUGAGCAUCACAUUAUUGAGGACAUGUGGCUCGGGGUGACUGUGGCCAGCCAGGGUCCUGCAGGCAGAGUCCUGGUCUGUGCCCACCGAUACACCCAGGUGCUGUGGUCGGGGUCAGAAGAUCAGCGGCGCAUGGUGGGCAGGUGCUACGUGCGGGGCAAUGAUCUGCAGCUAGACCCCACGGACGACUGGCAGACCUACCACAACGAGAUGUGCAACAGCAACACCGGCUACCUGGAGACUGGCAUGUGCCAGCUGGGCACCAGUGGGGGCUUCACCCAGAACACCGUGUACUUUGGCGCCCCUGGUGACUACAAUUGGAAAGGAAACAACUACAUGAUUCAGCGGAAGGACUGGGAUUUAUCCGAGUACAGUUACAAGGGCCUAGAGGACCAAGGAAACCUCUAUAUUGGGUACACGGUGCAGGUGGGCAGUGCCAUCCUGCACCCCACGGAGAUCACUGUCGUGACGGGCGCCCCGCGGCACAGACACAUGGGUGCUGUCUUCUUGCUGAGCCAGGAUACAGGUGGAGACCUGCGGAGGAGGCAGGUGCUGGAGGGCACGCAGGUGGGCGCCUACUUUGGCAGCGCCAUUGCCCUGGCAGACCUGAACAAUGAUGGGUGGCAGGAUCUCCUGGUGGGUGCCCCCUACUACUUUGAGCGGAAAGAAGAGGUAGGGGGUGCCGUCUAUGUCUACAUGAACCAGGCAGGCACCUCCUUCCCUGCCCAGCCCUCUCUCCUCCUGCACGGCCCCAGUCGCUCCGCCUUUGGCUUCUCUGUGGCCAGCAUUGGAGACAUCAACCAGGAUGGAUUUCAGGACAUUGCUGUGGGAGCCCCAUUUGAGGGCUUGGGCAAAGUGUACAUCUACCACAGCAGCUCCAGGGGGCUCCUCAGACAGCCCCAGCAGGUUAUCCACGGGGAGAAGCUGGGGCUGCCUGGCCUGGCCACCUUCGGCUACUCCCUGAGUGGAAAGAUGGAUGUGGACGACAACUUCUACCCGGACCUGCUGGUGGGGAGCCUGUCGGACCGCAUCGUGCUGCUGCGGGCUCGGCCUGUCAUCAACAUCCUGCACAGGACCUUGACAGCCAGCCCAUCCGUGCUGGACCCUGCGGCCUGCACGGCCAGCUACUGUGUGCAGGUGGAACUAUGCUUUGCUUACAACCAGAGUGCUGGGAACCCCAACUACAGACGAAACAUCACCUUGGCCUACACACUGGAGGCCGACCGGGACCGCCGCCCACCCCGGCUUCGCUUUGCACGCAGCCAGUCCGCUGUCUUCCACGGCUUCUUCUCCAUGCCUGAGAUGCGCUGCCAGAAGCUGAAUCUGUUCCUUAUGGACAACGUCCGCGAUAAACUGCGCCCCAUCGUCAUCUCCAUGAACUACUCUUUACCUCUGCGGAUGCCCGAGCGCCCCCGGCUGGGACUGCGGUCCCUGGACGCCUACCCGGUCCUCAACCAGGCGCAGGCGCUGGAAAACCAUACCGAGAUCCAGUUCCAGAAGGAGUGCGGGCCGGACAACCAGUGUGACAGCAACUUGGAGAUGCGGGCUGCUUUCGCGUCCGAGCAGGGGCAGCUCCUGAAGCGGCUCCAGUAUGGCAGAGACGUCAAGAAACUGCUCCUGAGCAUCAAUGUGACCAACACCCCCAGCCGGCAGCGGGCAGGGGAGGACGCCCACGAGGCUCUGCUCACCCUGGAGGUGCCGCCCGCCCUGCUGCUGUCGUCAGUGCGCCCACCCGGGGCCUGCCAGGCCAACGAGACCAUCCUUUGUGAGCUGGGAAACCCCUUCAAAAGAAACCAGAGGAUGGAGCUGCUCAUCACCUUCGAGGUCAUUGGGGUGACCCUGCACACCAGGGAACUUCAGACACAGCUGCAGCUCUCCACGUCAAGUCACCAGGACAACCUGCGGCCUCUGAAUUUGACUCUGUUGGUGGAUUACACCCUCCAGGCGACACUCAGCAUGGUGUCUCAGCGACUACAAAGCUUCUUUGGGGGGACAGUAAUGGGUGAAUCUGGCAUGAAAACUGUGGAAGAUGUGGGGAGCCCUCUCAAGUUUGAGUUCCAGGUGGACCCAAUGGGGGAAGGACUGGCAGCCCUGGGGACCCUGGUGCUAGGGCUUAACUGGCCCUAUGAAGUCAUCAACGGCAAGUGGCUGCUGUAUCCUACGGAGGUCACUGUCCGUGGCAAUGGGUCCUGGGCUUGCCAGCCCCCUGGAGACCUUAUCAACCCUCUCAACCUCACUCUCUCUGUCUCUGGAGACAGGCCUCCAUCUUCACAGCGCAGGCGGCGACAUCUGGACCCAGGGGGGGACCAGGGUACUCCACCUGUCACUCUGGCUGCUGCCAAAAAAGCCAAGUCUCAAACCACACUGUCCUGUGAGAAUAACAAGACGCGCUGUGUGUGGCUGGAGUGCCCCAUUCCCGAUGCCACCGUCAUCACCAGCGUGACAGUGCGGGCCCGGGUGUGGAACAGCACCUUCAUUGAGGAUUACAGAGACUUUGACAGAGUUUCUGUAACUGGCAUUGCUACCCUGUUCCUGAGAACCAGCAUCCCCACCAUCAACAUGGAGAACAAGUCUAUGUGGUUCUCCGUGGACAUUGACUCUGAGCUGGCGGAGGAGCUGCCAGCUGAGAUGGAGCUGUGGCUGGUGCUUGUGGCCGUGAGUGCGGGGCUGCUCCUGUUGGGGCUGAUCAUCAUCUUGCUCUGGAAGUGUGACUUCUUUAAACGGACUCACUAUUACCGGAUCAUGCCCAAGUACCACGCAGUGCGGAUCCGGGAGGAGGAGCGCUACCCGCCUCCAGGGAGCACCAUGCCCACCAAGAAGCACUGGGUGACCAGCUGGCAGACUCGGGAUCGAUACUACUGACACGCCCCUACAGCCCCACCCCUGCCCCACCCCGUGCCCCUUCCUUCUAUUUAUCCUAAGUUAUGCCCUGACCUUCCACUGGGGCUGCUGCCUUCGGCUGGCACCAGCAGGCUUGGGCACAUACACCUCUGUGCGCGUGCAUGAGCAGUCGACCACGGGCCAUGGACACUGCCCAGCCGAGCACACGCAGCCCUGUGCCCUGGACAUGUGGGUGCAUUGCUCAUGGACAGUGUUUGUGCACGCCUGUCUGUGCCGGACCCAGCCAAAGGACCUCUGCCAGAGCCGGGGGGGAAGCCCCCAACCCACCGUGGUGACACACUGGACCUGUCUUGAGCCAUAGUCACUGGGUUGACUCUGCCCUCGAGAUUAAAACUACUGACAGGGAGCGGCCCACGGGGCCCCAGCUGUAGUGACUGGCACCUGCCCGAGUGCAGGGGACCUGCCUGAGGUUGUCUGAUUUGGAGGUUGUUUUCACAACCCUGCAUGCUCAGACUCCAGAGCAGAAUGAACUGGAAAGAAGGUCCCUGGGGUGACUUUCUUUCAUGGAUCACUUCAAAGCCCCUUGGCCCAGCCGCAGACUGCACUGGCAAGGAAGGCAGCCUGAAGGAGCAGAGGGACGAGCCACGAGACGGCCCGCACAUGCCGGAUAGGGCCUGCCCCGGCAGCACAGAGGGCUCUCAGCAGAGCAGGGCACCUGCUCGAGGCUAAGGAGGUGUCAGAUGAUACAGAGGAGAUACCACUUCGCACCCACCACUACCAGCUGGGCUCCAGAGGGCCUGGAGUCCUCCGUGAUAUUACCAAGGGAGCGACACUUGAAUGUAGGACCAGGAGGGAGCCCUGCCCCUGCCCCAUCUGGCCAGACCCAUUCUGCCCUCACUGACCAUGCUUUGGAGGCCUCGUAGAGCUCUCAGCUGUUGUUUGCUUUCAGACUCAGCUUGGCUCUGCCUUCUGUGUCCUGAGGUUCAUUCUAGAAGUUGAUGCUGGUUCCAGAAAACCUCUCCUGACCCCAACCUGUUGGUAGGCCCCUCCCCAGCCCUUACCCCUUUCCACGGUACUGUAGCAGGGGAGCUGUCUCCCCCUCCUUGUGCCUUCUGUGUAUAUAGGCUUCUCACAGCAACCAAUAAACAGCCCCCAGUUUGUACACUG